CCAGCUACAUCAACUCCAUCGACAGCAUCUUCCAGGGGUGUAUCACAAGUCCAGCUAUCGCAGCUACUGCCAGUGACUGCAGCUUCACCAAGAUAUUGAGGACUCACAGGAUCAGGUCUGGUCCGCAUGGAGCCGUCUUGCCAUUUGUAAUGUGUGACAUGAUGGGACUUGAGAGAGGGGAGAAGCAGGGGGUGCAUACUGAUGACAUCAUCAAAGUGCUACAUGGAAACCUCAAAGACGGGUACCAGUUCUCUGCGUCCCCAGUGUAUGAAGAUGAACCUGACUACUACAAUGAGAGCCCUACUCUUGAUGACAGGGUCCACUGCCUGGUGUCGGUGGUGUCUGCAAACACAGUGACACUCUUGGAUGACUCCGUUGUACACAAGAUCAAAACAAUCAGGCUAAAGGCCAGCAAUCUGGGAAUUCCUCAGGUGGUGGUGUUAACCCAUGUGGAUCAGGCCUGUCCCCACGUCAUCGACAAACUGGAGAAUGUUUACAGGAGCAGGAAGAUUAAAGAAAAGAUGGAGGUGUGUAGUAAUCGUCUGGGUGUUCCUAUGACCUGCAUCUUCCCCGUCAAGAACUACCAUGAAGAGGUUGAGCUGGAAGGGAUGGUUGACACCUUGCUGCUGCACAGCUUCAAGCAGAUCGUAACCCUCGGCAACAACUACAUAUCCACCCUAACAGAUAUCAAGAUGGAAAAUGACUACAAGGGCACCGGAGAGAGGUAA